CUCCAUCAGUAAAAUGUGGAUAAUAAUACCUCAGAGAGUUGUUACAAGAAGUAGUUAAUGUUUGUAGAGGGCUUAAAAGACCUGAGUGUUAUUAAUUAAGCCCCAUGACACAUUAAGGUAAGAGUUAGUGAACCAGGUUUACACAUGGAUGAACCGAGGCAGGAAGAGAUUAUGAUUUAGCUGGAGUAACAUAUUGGAUCUGUGACAAUAGCAGAAAACAAGUUGUAACUACUUCAUGCUGUAGGCACAAGCGAACCAUUCUGUAUAACAGAUAAGUUUCCAAGAUUAUUUGCCCCUCCCUCACUCCCCCCCCUUCCAAUUUCAAGCUUUUCUGCUUGAGGAGGGUUUGCCUGUGUGACUUCCACUUGACUGGAUAGCUCCAAGGACACUUGUGGCUUGCCCACUUGAAAGUGUUUCAGCAGUUUUCAUAACAAGAUAUAUGUUCUAGGACGCAGGCCAAAUCCCGACUUAAAUUCCAUAAAACAUUCUCCACUUUUCCCCUGAAAACAUUGUGUGGAACUUAGUUAAGACUUGAUCCCGUUCCAGUUGGUGGAGUACGCACUGAAGCUGACAUUCCUGCUUCAUUUGAGAAGGUUCUGUAGUUAGCGAACAAAUUCCCUUGUCAGUGUGGCCCAGAGAUUUAGUGGCACAGUUGGGUCACUUCUCCACCCAUGGAAACACCCCACAAAUGCUGGAGCUGGACUUGGCUUUUCAUCAUUUAAAAGUAGUUUUCGACCUUCAGACUUCCACCACAAGUGCUGAUAACUCCACACUGAUGCGACCACUGCUGAGGAGCAUUAAGCAGUUAAAAAGAAAAGAGCCUGCUGAAUUCAAAAGGAAACGUAGUCUUCAUCUUACGGAGUUUUUCCAUACUGUACUGCCUUCUCUUUUCUCUGAUCACUUGUGCUGCUGCUGAGGUCGACACCAGCAAAAACAGUGCUUGCAGGAGACUUUGAGAAUCACGUUUUCUAUGCAAAGAUUUCAUUCCUGUGGAAGAAACUUUUUCCAUAGGUAUAAGUGGAAUAAUAACUUGGAAUAGUUGCCUGGUUUUGUAAGAACAGGUACCGACAGUCAAACAGAAUUACUUUGGCAAGAGCUCACCAGAAAAGCUCGAGCAGGGGGGGUUGAGGUGACCUCCCGAGUUCCCUUCCAACCUCCACCAUUCCAGGAGUCCGUAAAAUCAGGAUGUGUGGAGUAGGGCUGGAAUUCCCCAGAAGUUCAGAAUUCAUGUGCAUUUCUAGACACACGUGUGCUCUGACAGGAGCUUGUGAUUUCUUGCCCUUUUGAAGGAAUAUCUGGAAGUUCCAAGACAUCACUGUCAUAGUUGCAGGAUCCCAGCUGGAGCCAGAGGGACUGUACAACUCUAACACUGCCUCUCCGACGGUACGGGUUUGCAGCUUUCCCUGUUCAAACCCCUGCAAGUCCUUCCCCAUCCGUGUGGUUUCAGCCUUGUCCCCACAGGGGAGCUGGUUCUAUGUGCGAUGGUUUUUGGCUUGGAUCAUGUCCCCAUAGGACUAUUAAGAUCAUCCCAGAUUCAAAGGCUGCCCCCCACACACACAUACUUGCCCUGCCACUGCAUCCUUAUUCCAUACUUUCUCAGGAGCAUUCCUCUGUCAAGUGCCUUUCUGAUUCAUUACUGUGACUAGAUCAGAUAUGAUGGCUCUUACUCCUGUUAGCCCAGAAAGUAAAGGACUAAGUCUGAAUGAAAUUCUUUCAUUUGCUGGCAGCUUCCAUUACCACUAAGUGCUGGCACCAAUCUCUUGUAAAUUUUAAAUGGGAGCUUGUUUUCCAUCUCUUGCAUAUGAAAAGUUCCUUUGAUGUUUAUAGAUCCCAGUUAAGUCUUCAGGAAAUGCACAUACCCACCUGAAGUGCCCAGCUGAUGCAUCAGAUUCAUCCUAGAUUGCAGUGUUUAGGGCCAGACUGUUUAAAUUGAACCACAUUGUUGCUACUGUAAGGGAGCUGUAAGCUCUUUCCAGGCUCGUUCAAAAGAGGAGCUGUCUCAGGGAGAGGGUUUGGUGGUGUCAGACCCAAAUGAACAUGGGUUAAUUUGCUCAAGUGCAGAGUUGAGUGCAGCGUGGUGCAUCUCUUGUGGUUGCCCAGAGGAGAAGCUCCCAUAGGCGAGGUACUCUGCAGCCAAUGCAGCGUGCUGUUUGCAGGCUGAGCUGCCUCCGUGGCCAUUAUUUAGUGUUCUAGAAAAAUAAAUAUUUUACAUUCACAGAUGAAGACAUUUUCAAUAGCACUUGAAAAAUUAAGUGUGAAAUCAUCCCCAUCUAAAGCAAUCAGUCUCAGGGGCUGGAUAGUGGCUUCCCAGUUGGCAGUCCUAACUUGGUGUAAAUAAAUGACUUCCCAAUCAGAUCGGUUUCAGUAAUUACUUUGAUUAGUAACUGAAGGUCCUCUUCACUACAGAGAAGUUCUUUCAUUGCACCUCGUGAUCCCAGGAAAAUACUUAUCAGGACAAUCUGGUGCAAGCAAGUAAUGAGCUGAGUGUCACCACUGCCAGCCCCACCAGCUGUGGGAUCAGAUACUGGUCCUCACUGCCUCAGUUUCACUGCAUGAUGGGUCAGCAGUUGUGGUGAUGCUGUGGUCUGGGGACAAGGGGAGAGGAUGGGCAGCCACUGGAGGACAGGCUUAAUCCAGCCACCACAUUGGGUUCUGGUGUAUUGUGACAUAAGAAAUCCACCUCCCCAUGGGGAAAUGUUUGAGAGCUCAGCCCCAUCAGAGCACCAUGCACCUGGCUAAGAAAGACCCUGAAGGGCAGCUGGCUAGCUGCUUUACAUGUGGUACACAGGAAAAUGAGGCUGAGAACGCGGAAAGCUUCUCAGCAGUCGAAUCAGAUCCACAAAGCACGUGCUUUGAGGGCAAAGAGGAAACACUCGGAGGUGGAGGAGAGCUUACCUGUCAGCGGAGGCAGGCCCGCCAAGAAUGACACCGGCCUGCUGUCAUCCAUCAAAAAGUUCAUCAAAGGAAGCACGCCCAAGGAAGAAAGAGAAAAUCCUGCAAAAAGAAGUAGGAUCGAGCGGGAUAUCGAUAACAACUUGAUCACAUCCACACCUCAAGCAGGAGAAAAGCCUAACAAACAGAUCUCUCGAGUGCGACGGAAAAGUCAGAUGAAUGGAGAAGCUGGAAGUUAUGAAAUGACAAACCAACAUGUAAAGCAAAAUGGGAAACUAGAAGAUAAUCCUACCACUGGCAGCCCCCCCCGAACCACGUUACUGGGAACCAUAUUUUCUCCUGUUUUCAAUUUUUUUUCACCAGCAAAUAAAAAUGGAACAUCAGGAUCAGAUUCUCCAGGACAAGCUGUUGAAGCUGAAGAGAUAGUCAAACAGCUUGAUAUGGAACAGGUUGAUGAGAUUACCACAAGUACUGCAACAUCAACCAACGGGGCAGCUUACACGAGCCAAGCAGUGCAGGUCAGGUCCACCGUCAACAAUGGUUUGGAAGAGGUGGAGGAAACAAAUGAUCGGGACCUGCCACCACUUACAGCACCAGUAUCUCCAGACAGUGGCUACUCAUCAGCCCAUGCAGAAGCUACCUAUGAAGAAGACUGGGAAGUCUUUGAUCCGUAUUAUUUCAUCAAACACGUUCCACCACUAACAGAAGAACAACUGAACAGGAAGCCAGCUCUUCCACUGAAAACAAGAAGCACACCAGAAUUCUCCUUAGUUCUAGACUUGGAUGAAACAUUAGUGCACUGUAGUCUAAAUGAAUUAGAAGAUGCUGCACUCACUUUUCCAGUUCUUUUUCAAGAUGUCAUUUACCAGGUGUAUGUCCGAUUAAGGCCAUUCUUCCGAGAAUUCCUGGAACGUAUGUCUCAGAUUUAUGAGAUCAUUCUUUUUACCGCUUCUAAGAAGGUGUAUGCAGACAAGUUAUUGAACAUACUAGACCCUAAAAAGCAACUGGUCAGGCAUCGACUCUUCCGCGAGCAUUGUGUUUGUGUACAAGGAAACUACAUCAAGGAUUUAAACAUUCUUGGUAGAGACCUUUCAAAAACCAUCAUCAUUGACAAUUCACCGCAAGCCUUUGCUUACCAGCUUUCGAAUGGAAUUCCUAUAGAAAGCUGGUUCAUGGAUAAAAAUGACAAUGAACUCCUAAAAUUGAUUCCAUUUCUGGAGAAACUUGUAGAGCUGAAUGAAGAUGUCCGACCUCACAUCAGAGACAGAUUUCGCUUGCAUGACUUGCUACCCCCCGAUUAAAGCCUUUUGCCUCGUUACUGAAGGGGGAGAAAAUGCAGGACCCUUUUGGACUAAAACAAAACAUUGCCAUUACUGUUGAAAUUUUGCAUUUUUGUACCCCGUCUUGCUUUUCUUAUCUUUGGUGCCCAACAAUAAUCAAGGGUUACAGGAAGAGACUUUCUAUGGCUGAGGUUGAACACGUUCAGUACUCCACCGUACAAGCCCGUGGGUAGGCUAGAACAGAAGAGUCUUUAGAACUAGUGCAACUCCAACACGUUUUUGUAUGUCCAGGACAUCUGCGGUUUAUAAAGAAUUCUGUUUCUGCCACCAGCAGUUUGACCUGUAGAAACACAGGAUUUUAUGAUACAACAGAGAUUGAAAAUGGACUCGUGUUUUCUCUCUGUUCGGUGCUCUAAGUGGGUUUGUAGCCACUUUUCUGUUACUUUUAAGAUUCUCAUUUCAACAGGAAUGGCCAGUAAAAAGUUGUUUUAUUUUUCCUGUUAAGGUUUAUAACCUUUUUACAUUUUUGACCUGUAUUAGAUUAGAAUUUCAUUAUGCAUUCCUUUUAGUUGAGGCGCUUCAUAGUUUUUCUGGAAAUAGCCAAAUUUUCCUAGUUUUUUAUUAAACAGUUGAUGGCCGUUUU